AUGCAGCCUAAUGGUAGUGCUCCUCUUGAGGAUACUAGUAGUGCUGUUCCUUGUACUGUCAGUGUGGCCAUUGAUAAUAAAACUCUUACUAUUAACUAUGGUGAUAAUAAGUGUAUUGAAAUUACUCUUGGUGAUAGUGAUAGUAUUACAAAAGCUGGUACUGCUGUUCCUUAUGGUCACAUACUUACUGAAAGUUUUGAUAUGAGUAAAGUUCACUGGCCAGAGAUAAUUUCUCCCACACUCAUGGUUAUUGUUGUCAUUGUAUUUCUGAUAGCCACAAUAUUUCCACCAGUAAUAAUUGCUGUUCUUAGAUUAAGGGCACCGGCUUGGUCACCUCAGCACAACUUAGGAGGUCGUUGGGGGCUAUGGACAAAAUACGAUUAUGCUCCUGAUUGGAAUAAACCAUCUGAAACUACUACUGUCCAUGCUUACCUAUGGCACUUCUUUGAUCUGUUAAUGGACAUUAAGAUCUCUCUAGCUGUUGUAUUCAUCUACUCACUUCAAUUCGGUACUACCCAAUCUUGGGAUGGCUACGACACUACUCGUAAUACUAGUCUUGACUUUAAAGUUACUCUCAAUGCCACUAGUGGUAGUAAUACUUUUGCUUCUAGUGGUUCUAUAAAAAUUACUGUAGGUGCUGCUGAUUUUGCAACACUCACUGGUACUAAUGUUCAAGUCACUAAUAUAGGUGGUACUAUCAAGAAGUACAUAGAUAGCAAUAAGCCUCCUGAUCCUAGUAAUCUCCAACCAAUCACAAACACUAGUGAUCCACUCAAUAAGGGUACUAAGUUAGAAAUCGAUGCCACUGGUUCCAUCUCUAGUAUUACUGCAGAAGUUACCAUUAAAGGUGAUCUAACUGUAUCCUCCACUGAUCAGAAACUUGGCUCCUCUGCACUCACCCUAGGUGGUAGUGAAGGUCUAGGUGGAACCAUAACACCCCAAGAUUCUGGCACCAAAGUCACAAUCAAGAAUACUAGUACUAUCACACUGACAAGGAAGGCUCUGACUGCCAUUCAGUCUCUCACUCAGAAUGCCGUCACUCUCGAUAAAACUGGUGGUGGUCAAUUUACGUCUAAGGCCACAAUCACUAUAACUCGUGGUGAAGACAAUAAAACAGAUUACAACUUCACAGCGCUCACUGUCACUACUAAUCUUGAAAUCAACAUCACUCAGGGAACCAUCAAAAAUGCCACUAAUACUCUCCAAACCACUAGUCCUGAACUCGAUAAGGAUGAUGUUCUAGAGCUUAAUGCCACUGGCACAAUCACAAAACCUGUUGGCACUACAGGUGAUGUUAAACUUGCAGGUACUAUAGUGGUCACAUCAGAUAAAAAACAAAUUGGUUCCAGUCUCACCAUCACUGGAGGUCCCAGCGGUGGUGUAGGUGGAACCCUAAAUCUCACUAAUCAAACUAAAACUGACACUAUUCCUGCACAUGUCACAAUCAGUAGUAGUACUCUCACAAUCGAUAAAGCUGCCUACGACACUCUCAAGUCAGCUGGUGCUGUGACUCCUGAUUCUCUUAAGAUUGGUGCAAGUGAUAGUAAAGUUCGUAUUCCUGCUAAUGCUACAGGUGGUGCUAAAGAAGCUGGUCUCGCUAAUGAACCGAGUUUUAAGAAGUACUGGCAUUUAUUUCCUCCUAACUAUUAUGACGAGGAUUUUCCUUACUGGACAUCUAUAUUUCCUGCACUCAUGGUACUUCUGAUAGCUACAAUAUUUCCACCAAUGAUAGUGGUUAUACUCCAAAAAGAAGCUAAAACACAUUCUCCGAAAUACUAUAUGGGUUGGGGAGAUGGAAAUCUUCGUUACUGGCACUUAGUUGAUUUGUUGCUUGAUACUCAGGAGGCUAAGGUUAAGGAAGCUACUUAUACUCCUCCUACUGGUGCUCCUUAUAAGUAUAUUGUUAAGGAUCCUAAAACUAAUAUAACUUAUACUUUUACAACUACUGCUCAGCUUACUAGUGGUGCUGCUACUAUAACUGUUACUGUUGAUUAUGGUCAUAUAUUUGCUGAAGGAUUCGGUGAUCUUGAAGAUGUCAAGACAUCCAAACACGUAGAACAAGAAUCAGAACCAGAAAAAUGCAACGAAGAUGCUGAAAAUCAAUCUGAUAAUCUUGUUCAUGCUUGGAUAUGGCACUUCUUUGUUAUCCUAGUUGUUGUGGACUGUUGCUUAUGGCUACUAUCGUGA